UAUUGCUUGGCCAAACUACCAUCUCUAUCGCCGGCAUAAACAAGUGAAUUUUUAAGCAAAAAUGUCGAACUUUGUGAAUUUGGACAUAUUUUCGAACUACCAAAAGUACAUAGACAAUGAGCAGGAAAUCAGGGAGAACAUACGCAUUGUGGUGCGCGAAAUCGAGCAUUUGGCCAAGGAAGCGCAGAUUAAACUGCAGAUUAUACACAGUGAUUUGAGUCAGAUAAGUGCCUCCUGCGGCUUGGCCCGCAAACAGAUCGAAGCCUGCGCCGAAAAGUACCAGAAAUUGGCCAGCUUGGUGCCACCUGGUCAGUACUACAGGUACUCCGAUCACUGGACCUACAUCACGCAGCGCUUGAUCUUUCUCAUUGCUCUGGUUAUCUAUCUGGAGGCGGGUUUUUUGGUUACCCGCGAAACCGUAGCCGAAAUGUUGGGAUUGAAGACCAGUCAGUCUGAGGGUUUCCACCUGGAUGUGGAGGACUAUCUACUUGGCAUUCUGCAGUUGGCCUCGGAACUCUCCCGAUUUGCCACCAAUUCUGUGACCAUGGGCGACUAUGAACGUCCGCUCAAUAUCUCCCAUUUCAUUGGCGAUCUGAACACAGGCUUCCGUCUGCUGAAUCUGAAGAACGAUGGUUUGAGGAAGCGAUUCGAUGCCUUAAAGUAUGAUGUCAAGAAAAUCGAGGAGGUCGUCUACGAUGUCAGCAUACGUGGUCUGUCCAGCAAGGAGAAGGAUCAGCAGGAGGAGCCGGCUACUCCUGCAACCGAAUAGUGGUCUUCGUUCUUGGGCUACCUGAAAGAUUACUUAAGACAUUAGUUAACAUGCAAGAAGCAAGGGUUCCAUUUAAAGCAGCAUUUUAUAUUGGUAAAUAUAUAUAUCUCAUUCAUUGAACAGAAA